UGAAGUUUUGCUUCAAUCUCCACCUCGGUGUGUUCUUUUGAGCAUUUGGCACACUGGCAGCAAACCCAGACUUGGGCUGGGACAACACCCUCCCCCGAUUAAGAGUCUUGUGACUUCUGCCUUUUGGAAAGUGAUUGUACUUCAAGUCUGAAGAAACAACCUAAGGGAAGCUGGAGGGUCAAGAGAGCCAACCGCUGUCCCACCACGUGCCUUGUUCCAAGUUAGCUUAUUGGUUUCUGGAAUCAUAAAGCUUGGAUAAAAGUGAGCAGAAAAGGCAUUGCCGGCAAUCGUACCAAGCAAGCUGGCAAGAAGCUUAUGAUGGCUUCUGUUUACACUUCAAAUAAAACAAUCAGAGUUUGUCCUUUCCUCAAUGGAGAUGUGGAAAACUCAGAAGCCAAAACCAGUAACAUCUGGAUUCGUCCCAAUCUGCCUAGCAGAUGCACCUGGAAACCGGGAAAAUCCAUCUCAGAGUCACCUCAUCACUAUGUUUCUCAGCGAAAAGAACCAAAGAUUUUGGCAAACAUCUUAGAGAAAAUUGGGCACACUCCUCUGGUCCGUGUCAACAAGAUUUCAAAAGCUUAUGGUCUCAAGUGUGAACUUUUCGCCAAGUGUGAAUACUUCAAUGCUGGAGGGAGUGUAAAAGAUCGAAUCACCUUAAGGAUGAUAGAGGAUGCAGAAAGAGCUGGGACCCUAAAACCAGGAGAUACACUCAUUGAACCUACAUCAGGAAAUACAGGAAUUGGACUGGCUCUUGUAGCUGCAGUGAAGGGUUAUCGCUGUGUCAUUGUCAUGCCAGAGAAAAUGAGUAUGGAAAAGGUAGAUAUUCUGAGAGCACUUGGGGCUGAAAUUAUAAGAACUCCCUGCACCAAGUAUGAUGCUCCAGAAUCGAAUGUUCGCGUUGCUUGGAAACUGAAAAAUGAAAUUCCAAACUCACAUAUUUUGGAUCAGUAUCGAAAUCCAAGUAAUCCAUUGGCACACUAUGAUACCACAGCUGAAGAGAUCUUGGAGCAAUGUGAUGGCAAAAUUGAUAUGUUUGUGGCUGGAGCUGGCACAGGUGGUACUAUCACUGGUGUUGCCAGAAAGUUGAAGGAGAAGUGCCCUGCAUGCAAAAUUGUUGGAGUAGAUCCCGAAGGCUCCAUUGUUGCUUUGCCCAGCUCAUUAAAUGCAGUGUCAGCCGAGGAUACAACAAUGGAAGUGGAAGGAAUUGGUCAUGACUUUAUCCCAACUGUCCUUGAUAGAUCUGUAAUAGAUCAAUGGUGCAAAAGCAAUGAUGAAGAAUCCUUCCUUAUGGCUCGUAGAUUAAUUAGAGAGGAAGGUUUGCUUUGUGGAGGCAGUGCAGGCAGUGCAAUGUCUGUGGCUGUGAAAGCUGCCAAACAGCUAAAAGAAGGUCAGCGCUGUGUUGUCCUCUUACCUGACUCUGUGAGGAACUACAUGUCUAAGUUUUUGAAUGACAAAUGGAUGGUCCAGAAUGGAUUUCUAAAAGAUGAAGUUCAGGAACAUUAUCCUUGGUGGUGGAAUAUUAAAGUGCAGAAGCUGAACCUUUCUCCCCCUCUGAUUCUUCUCCCAGACGUGAACUGUCAAAAAGCAGUUGCAAUCCUACAAGAAAAGUCAUGCAAUCAAGCACCAGUUGUUGCAGAAUCAGGCCUCAUCCUGGGAAUGGUAACUAUUACCAACAUCCUCUCCUCGAUCCUGGCAGGAAAUGCUCAGUUCUCAGACCCAGUGAUUAAAGUCACUUAUCAACAAUUUUCAAAGAUUAAUCUGGAUGACACCCUGGGAAAACUUUCACGUAUCCUGGAAAAUGAACACUUUGCUGUUAUAGUGCAUGAACUGGAGCAAUACAAUGCCGAUGGCACCUCCUUCAUGAAACAGAUGGUAUUUGGUAUGGCCACAGCUGUUGAACUACUCAACUUUAUCACCCCAAAGAACCAAGCCCAGGGUCUAAAUGCAUCAUCCAAAUCUGCUUAUGAAAGGACUUUUCCAGAACUGGGAAAAAAAUAACUGAAGAUGUUUAACUUAUGGUUUACAAUACCGCAGGGCUGUCUGCAGAGUGUGGUUUAAAAAGUCAAGAUGGUGGCUGUGAUGGGGUGACACACAUAAAGACCAAGAGGAGCUUCAAUCACACCAACACGGCUGCCAUCUUGGGUUUUUUGACCAUACCUGCAGACAUCCUUGCAAUAUGGGAUGUUUUCUAUAUGAAUGUGCCUAGUAAUUCUUGGAGUACUUGAUGUCAUUCUAAAUAACCAUUUUGGCAAUAAUCUGAGAUUAGGAUGAUCUGAGAAUAGUUUUUAAGAAGCUGGUAUUCUGUGACAUUUUCAAAAUAAGAUUCUUGGAGAUAAGAUAGUAGGAAAUGAAUUCUCCAAGGAGGUCUUGCUGCCCUGAUUUCUUUUGACAUUUUCUUUUGUAUGUUAAUUUUGAUUGAUAAAUGCAUUUUAAAAUCUGCUGGCAGAAGAAUAAAGUAAAAGUACCCAAAUUACUAACAGAACAUACCAAACAUUCUUUAUAAAGGGGGCCUGAAGUGACAUGGUUCUGCUGGCAGUAGGAUGAACAUGUGUGAGAUAUUUGGCCCCAGAGAAAAAAAUCUUACCUAUAUGGGUGACUACAGGUUGUACCUGUUACAAUUGAUCAGUGCAAAUUUAAUCUCCCAAAUAUUUCAGUAAGAAAGGUUCCUAGGCUGAGGAAACUAUAUACAUGUCCAUUUCCUCUUGAUUUCAGUGGGCUGUCAGAACUACAACUGAGAAUAAGGUAUCAGGAAGUUUGAGACCCUUUUUACAGAGUCAAGUUAUAAAGACUUCUGCCAUUAACUUCUCCAUUUAAAUACUUUCACUGAAAUCUCUGGAAACAAAUCAUUGCAUGCAGGACAGUGCAAGCCUAAUUAACUCUACAUAAUUUUAUGAAAAGAGAGGAUAGAAGGAGAAAAAGAGAGAGCCUUGCCUGAAAUAACACAGAAGACAGGUAGAAAAUAUAUUACCGCUAAUGAUAAAUGACAUGACAAUAAUUUGUACAUUCAGUGAAGUUUCUCCAAAUUGAUUUCCACUUUUACAGUAGUAGCAUUUUUCCAGUUGACUGGUUAGUACUACCUUCAAAAUUAAAUUCCUGCAUAAAGGGAGUGGGGUGGGGGAAUUAUCUAGAUUCAGAUAUACAGUGAAUAUUGUAUAAUCACUGUAUGCAAACAUCUCUAUGAAAAUGGAUUUUUUUAAAAAGGCAACUUGUUAAAAACAUAUUGGCUCAAACUCUGGGGGAGUUGUUUAAACUUACCUCAUCGGGCUAAGAAUUUGAUUAAUCAUCACUAUGUGGACAGGUAAUAUUCCUGAUUCCAUGAUACAUAUUAGUCAUCCCUUCAGAGCGGCCUUUCUCCAUUGGGGUUUCACAGACCCCUUGUAUUAUGUGACAGAUUGCUAGGGGUUUUGGGAGAGAUCAUGACUGAAAAAAAAGAACAUUUUUUUUCAAUGUUGCACACUGUGCAAGGCGAGCUCUCAAUGACAUGUCUGUUAUUCCCUGGAUUUGAAUGCAUGUUUACUGCAGAAACAAUUAUAACAUGGAGAAAUUGACAGAGAUUGCUCUGCUCAUAAUGUUUUGUAUAUAUGAUUUGCCCAGCAGUGCCUGUCGGGAAUAAGGUCCAUUUUUUUCAGUAAUGUUUGUGUGAUUUGCAACAGAAUAAAGAACACAUAUUAAAA